AUGAACAUAAUAUUCCCCACGUCUUUGCUGAUUGUCUGCUCCGUAAUCAGCAACUACCCGAUCGAAGCCUCGCGUCCCGUAAGCGUCAUCGCUCACAUGGUCAACACACCAAAUUCUAUACGAUGGGCUUUGGAUCAAGGCGCUAAUAGUAUCGAGAUUGAUUUGAAGUUUGACGGCACUCACCCCAGUAAAUUCCAUCACGGCUUCCCUUGUGACUGUAGUUGCCUAUUGGAUUUUUCAACAUUUCGACACAACGGAUGCAAAGUUCUCGGUGAAGAUUGUUCAGCCUCCACCUCCGUUGCGGAAAUGAUUAAGUUCUUGUCUAGUCAUGAGAUUAUCUCUUCACGUCUGGCAGUUAUUUACGUCGAUGCGAAACUUGACAAUUCAGUGGGAAAUUACGCCGAGGCGGGGGCCAAUGUAGUGCGACUAUUUAACGAAAAAGUUUUAGCGAGGGGAUUCCGCGGUCAAAUUCUUCUCGGUUGUCUGACUAUCUCACGAGUCGAUUACCUGCGUGGUGCCCUACAAGAAGCCUCUAAAUCCAAAUACGCGGAUCGUUAUUUCUACACCAUUGACAAUGAGGGGAGAAGAGCAAAUCAAGUGUUGAAGCUUUCGCUUGAAUUGGAGACCAAAAAUAUCGUUUACGAUACUGGAAUAUCUGCUUGUUUUCAUAUGUUGCCAUCAGCAUUUGACGAUGCCAUUCAAUACAGCCUAGAUGCAGAGGCGUACGCUGCAGUAGGCGUGUGGACUGUCGAUCGAAAAUCCACCAUGGCUCAUUACCUGGAAGCAGGUGUAGAUUUCAUCUUAACAAAUAGACCAAAAGUGGCUGUUGAACUAAUCGGUCUUGACAACAUCCCUUUACCCGGCGCAGCAUUCAGAACCAAUCGGUAG